AUGUCAGUCCCCGCCACCAACCCCUGCACGGCCCCGCAUACCCUCACACGACGUCUGUCACUCGCACGGUUCAGGUCCGUCCAGGUCCAGCUUGCCCAACAUGACUCGGGGCGACACACGACGAGCGACGCCUCGUCCUGCGAGGGUGGGCUGAUUAUCGAUCUCCGAUCGAUGCGCGCAGUGUCAGUUGAUCCGGACGCACGCACCAUCACCGCGGCCGGGGGGUGUGUGUGGAGGGAUGUCGACCAGGCCGCUGCGCGACAUGGGCUGGCAACUGUGGGUGGGACGGUGAAUGACACUGGGGUCGGGGGCCUUGCGCUCGGCGGCGGGUAUGGAUGGCUUGCAGGGCGGCAUGGUCUGGUUAUUGACAAUCUGCUCUCGGUGGAAAUGGUAUUGGCGGAUGGGAGGCUGGUGACUGUCUCGGAGGAAUCGCUGCCGGAUCUAUGGGCGGGUGAGAUUGUGCUCGCGUUCGACAAGGUUGACCUGGUUUUCGACUUUGCGAAUGAUCUAGUGGAAACGACGAAUGGGGACUCGGCGAUGAUGGUCACUCUCUCGACGUCGCCUCUCACGAACGGCGAACUCAUGAUCAAGAUGGCCGUGUUUCACAACGGCGAUGCGAAAUCUGCCCAACGGAUAUUCCAGCCAUUGCUCGACGCAGACCCUCUUCUCGUAAACGUUGCUGAGCACCCGUAUGCCGCGCUCAAUGGCAUGAUGAACCCCAGCUUUGGCGACCGUAAGCGCGCUGUUGACAAGGGCGCCGCAGACACCAUCCCCCUCCGCCCGGGUUUCGUGAAGAAGGUACUUGCGUCCGAGUUGUGGCGACUGCGCUCGCUAGUCCCAGAGUCGGACGAGACAAAGCUCCUCUUUGAAUUCUACAGUACGGACAAAUGGUGCGAGGUGUCUGUUACGGAAACAGCCCAUGGACACAGAGGGGACUUCCAGAACAUGGUGAUUGCCCCUCGAUGGAAGUACGCAGAACACGAUGACAUCGUCGAACAGUGGACGCUUGAUGUCGCGGCGCUGGUAGUCCAGGAGCGCGAAGAGCACGGGCCUCCCAUCGAGGGUCCAAUUACCGAGUAUGGGAAUUAUGAUCACCUGUCUGCCCAUCCGCGAGGCGUCUACGGUGUGAAUCUUGAGAGGCUCAUUGAGGUGAAGAAAGCGUAUGAUCCCGACAAUGUGUUCAACAAGUGGUACCCACUGCUCGAUGAGGAGGAGUGA